AUGGAGUUUGCCUCGUCACUGCUCUCGUCGGCCGCCUCGUCACUUGCCGCCGCGCAGAAGCCGACUCUCGCCUCUGCGUAUGCUGUUGACAGCUCUGUCCCGGCGGUCCACAUUGGCGUCUGGAAGGUCGUCAGGGCGAAGCACAAUGGCGGAUCAGGGCGGGUAGUCAGUAUCUGGACGGCGGACAAGGGCACGCUCGUUGGCAGCGGCUCGAGCAGACGAGGUGGGGCGUCUAGGGAUCGCGAGCGCGACGCAGAGCGGCUCAAGUACGCCGUAGACGUGCUGAAGAAGGAGGCUUCCUCACUCUCUCGACUGCGACAUCCUUGCGUCCUCGAAAUGGCGGAACCGAUGGAGGAAUCGCGUUCGACGAUCCUGUUUGCGACGGAGCCCGUCACGGCGUCCUUGCGGCAGGCGAUCAACGCCUCGGACGCGGCACACGACUCGUCGCGAAGAGGCUCGUAUCGCUCGAAGGAGGAGCAGGACCUCGAGCUGGACGAAGUCGAGGUGCAGAAGGGACUGUCGCAGCUGGGUAAGGGUCUGCAGUUCCUCCACGAGUCAGCCAAGCUCGUCCACGGAAACUUGCGACCCGAAUCAGUCAUCAUCAACGCUAAAGGCGACUGGAAGCUGUCCGGCUUCGGCCUGGCGCAGUACCUCUUCUCGCCCGACGGCGUUCCCGCCAAGUGGGAGUUCCCAGCCUAUGACCCGUCCCUCCCGCCGACGUGCCAACGCGACUACGACUACAUCGCGCCUGAGUACAUCUGCGACGAAAUGCCGCCUGCUCCUUCGAAUGACAUGUACUCCCUCGGCUGCAUCCUCCACGCCAUUCACACUCAUACCGGCCCUCCCUUCUCGAACCGCAACUCGCUCGAGAACCUGCGCACCAACGUUGACGAAGGCCUCUCCCGCAACCUCGUCUCGUCGCAAUGGCGGAAGCUGCCCCAAGACGUGCAGGAAGUUCUUGCGAGCCUCUUGACGCGAUACCCGAACCGGCGAAUGACGGCGGCGCAGUUCCUUCAAAGCCGGUACUUCGAAGGAUUGCUCGUCGGAACGCUGCGAUUCCUCGAGCGCGACUCUUUCGCCGCCAAGACGAGCGAGGCGCAGGCCUCAUUUCUCAAAGGUCUCGUCUCGGUCCUCCCGCAAUUCAGCGACAAGGUCGUCCGGCGGAAGAUCCUCCCUUCCCUCCUCGAGGAGACCCGCAAAGCCAACCUCGUCCCGUUCCUCCUUCCAAACAUCCUCUACAUCGCCGGCAAGAUGUCGCCCGACGACUUCCGCGUCGAAGUUCUCCCGUCGCUCAAGCCAAUCUUCACGCUGAAAGAUCCGCCCCAAGCGGUCGUCGCGCUCAUUGAGGCGCUGCCGACUUUCGAGCAGAAGUGCACGCCGACCGUCUUCCGCGAAGAGGUCAUGCCACUCGUCUACUUCGCCCUCGAGAGCGACAAUCCAGUCGUCCUCGAAAAAGCUCUCCGCACCAUCCCCAAACUCUGCGAGUCGCUCGACUACACAACAAUUAAGCAGACGCUCUUCCCCAAGAUCACGACUGUCUUCACGAAGACGACGCUGCUCUCGGUGAAGGUCAACACCCUCAUCUGCUUCCACGCCAUGAUCCCCGUCCUCGACAAGUUCACCUUGACGGAAAAGCUCGUCCCGUUGCUCGCGAAAAUCAAAACGAAGGAGCCGUCCGUCAUGAUUGCAACGCUGGCCGUCCACGAGGAGAUGGGCAAGAAGUGCGAAGUCGAAGCGAUCGCAACACUCAUCCUCCCACAGCUUUGGGCGAUGAGCAUCGGCCCGCUGCUAAACGCCGACCAGUUCGCCAAAUUCAUGUCGGUCAUCAAGAAGCUUUCGGCGCGCGUCGAGGACGAGCACAUGAAGCACUUGGCGGAGCUGAAGCGACUCGAGGAGAGCAGCGGCACGACAUCACUCAACGGGCCUGCGAACACAGGAACAGGCGCGAUUCAGGCGGCGAACGUGACGGACUUUGAGAGUCUGGUCAGAGGGAAGGUGAACGGGCAGAAGGUGAACGGACUUGGCGGAAGGGGCAGUCAAGUGGACAUCUUCGCCGAUGACUCUCCUGCCAUGACGCCAACACCGACCGGCAACGGCUUCAGCUCGCCUCCUCUACCCGCUCUCCCAACCUCCUCACCUCCCUUCGCCUCGACCUCGACCUUCGGCUCUCCCGCUCAACCGAUGCGACCCGCCUCUUCCUCACGGCUGUCUACAUCUUCCGUACCGUCAGCCAGUCGGAAGUCGCUCGGCGCGCGAACCAUUCCUUCCGCCUCCUUCAACACCUCCGCCUUCCCCUCCCCCGCUGCUGCGCCCGCAUCGCCUGCUUCCAUGACCGCCAACCCCGCGAAGACGCCCUCCGCGUCUCUCAAGUCGUUCGCAGCUCUGCAGCCCGGUCCAGCACGAACACCAUCUGCAUCUUCGCUCUUCACAACCAGCUCCGCCUCCUACUCCCAGCCAAAUUACAACCUCUCGCUCUCCACCACCCCUUCCAGCGGCGGUCUCCCCGCUCUACAACCGACAACGUCGUCUCUGUACGGCUCUUCGUUCUCAGCACAGCCGGCCCCGCCUGUCCAGUGGAAUCGCGUGCCGCCUCUUGCGCCUUCUCCCUCUCCCUCGACCCCAUCCUCCGCCUUCUCUCCGCCUCUCCAGCCAGCGUCAAAGCCUUCUUCGCCCCUACCACCCGGCUACAACCCUUCGGCGACUAUGCAGCCUUUGCAAGCGCAGCGACCCGGAGGAGCGUCUCAGGGGAACAAGCCUGCGAUGGACUUUGGAGCGUGGGCGGAUCUGGAUCCUCUGAAGUAG